AUGUACAAUACAAGAGUAAAGAGCAAAAACAAAACAGAGAAAAGACUUGUAAUUAAGGAGGAAUGCCAAUCAUUACAUUACCAUAAUGGGAAACCUGGAGCUCUAGCUCUUACUGCUCUUGCCAGCUUUCCAGGUAGUGGAAGUAGCUGGUUUAGGCACCUAAUACAUCAGCUAACAGGUAUCUAUACUGGUAGUGUUAACAAUACAAAAGAAGGCCAUACAAGUGAUGAAUUCCAGGCAGAUGGUGUCACUAACAACAGUGUCAUAGCCAUCGAAACAAAUGAAAAAUCAUUUAAUGUUGGAACUGUUAAAUUUGAGCGAACUAUUCUUUUAGUCAGGGAUCCAUUUGUUUCAAUUCUGGCUGAUUUUAACAGGAGGAAUGAAGUGUCGCAUAUAGUGCAGGAUUGGGAGAGUUAUGCCCAGGUUCAAAGUUAUGCCUGGCAAUUCUUUAUGAGAUACUGGUUGGAAUUUUCAUCCGUUGGACCCCUUCUUGUUGUGGAAUAUGAGAACUUGGGAACCCAAUUGGAGAUGGAACUUCUGCGUCUUGCCAAGUUUUUAAAUGUUGCAGUAGAUCAGAGGGUCCUACAUUGUAUCCUGAAGAACGCAAAUGGACGUUUUGGAAGUACACCUAGUCAAACACAAAACAGUCCAUAUAGUCGUAAAGUACAGGAUAUACUCAUAAAAGGAAAGAAUGACAUAUAUGGUGAAUUACACAAACUCAAAAAUAUCUAA